GGAAGCAAACCUCUCCCUAAUCACGUAGUUGGUGAUUACCACCCCUUAUAACACGAGUUGUUACUUGUCUUCCGUGUAAGAAAAACAUGAAUGCUCCAACAUCAUCAAACUUCUACGAAAAGCAACAAUACUGUUGAAGUUCAACAAAAAGAAAUAUUUAUUUAUAUAUGUACUCUGUUUUGUCUAAAGUCAUUUGCUUGUGCAGCUAAAUAAUGCGGCUAGUCAAUGCUAUAAUUGUUAUCUUGCUUAUACUGAUGCUCUCCUUCUCUUCGAGAGGAGUGGAACAAAAUAUCACGACGAAUGCUGCUUCUCCGUGGAUUAGGAGAGUAGCGAAAAACCACCCGCAUCUGCAUCUGCAUCGGCAUCCGCACCCAUCACAGUCACCAUGGUUUAAGAGAGCAGCGAAGAACCAUAUGCAUCCUCAUCCUCACCCGCGACCCUCAGGGUGCAUGAGAACGCCAUGGAUAUGCAGAAAGGGAGAACAUCUGCCUGAGGCUCGAAUGCGAUGUUGCAAAAACCAAUGUGUUGAUGUCUCUUCUGAUAUUAAUAACUGUGGUUUAUGUGGAAUUAGGUGCCCCUUUACCUGGCUAUGUUGUAAGGGAUUUUGUGUUGAUACUAAAAUUAACCCUUUCAAUUGUGGCAAAUGUGGGAAUAAAUGCCCAUGGGGGGUUCAUUGUAUUUAUGGGAUGUGUGGAUAUUCUGAACCCAAGCCAUUGCCUCCAUGGCCUCGCCCCCGCCCCCACCCUCACCCUCACCCUCACCCUCCGAUAUUUCCAUUACCUCCUAGACCACCAAGUCCAUGGCCGCACUACCCACCUGAAGGCAAUAGCCUAGAAUUAGUCUAAGUGGUUGAUCUUGGUGAACAUGUUUGUUGUUCAAAGUUGAAGUUUUAGUUUUGUUGUUGAACUAAUUCUCUCAUUUCAUGAGUGUGUAUCACUUCUUGUUUUAUGUUUAAGGAGAUUAUAAAAGAAGAAAAAGAAGAAGAAGCAAACUUGGUAGUUUGUGAUGUUUCUUUGAAGUUCCAUGUUUUUAAGAGACUGUUGAGACCCAUGCGUGUGAUGUGAAGAAUCAUAAUAAACUGGUGCUUUUUCAGUUCA